AUGGUGAUGCUUCCUCUAUUGACACGAUCGGCCGUGCGAGCCGCAACUAGUACUACAUUGGUGAGGUCUGUAACUCCUGCUGUCGCGACGGUCGGAGCCAAGCGCAGCUAUCACGAGAAUAUUGUCGAGCACUACGAGAAUCCACGAAAUGUGGGAUCGUUGGACAAGAAUGCGGACGAUGUUGGAACGGGCCUCGUGGGAGCUCCUGCGUGUGGCGACGUGAUGAAAUUGCAGAUUCGAGUAGACGACGAUGGCAACAUUAUCGAGUCGAAAUUCAAGACAUUUGGCUGUGGUUCCGCCAUUGCGUCGUCCAGUGUCGCCACGGAAUGGAUCAAGGGACAAUCCGUCGAAGAAGUCGUCAAGAUUCAAAAUGCCGACAUUGCCGCUCAUCUCAAAUUGCCACCUGUCAAACUGCAUUGCUCCAUGUUGGCCGAAGAUGCCAUCAAGGCGGCCGUACAAGAUUGGAAAGAAAAACAGCAACACAAGAAACAACAGACAGAAGCAACAGCAGAAGCUGCCGUGUAA